AUGGCCCAGAAAUGCGUGCACAAGGGCUGCGGCAAGAUGUACACCGACCCGGACGAGGUGUGCACGUAUCACCCUGGUCCGCCGGUCUUCCAUGAGGGGCAGAAAGGCUGGAAAUGCUGCAAGCCCAGAGUCCUGACCUUUGACGAGUUCCUCACGAUCCCGCCCUGCACCGAGGGCAAGCACAGCACCACAGACGUCCCGCCCGAGGUCGAGAAGAAGACGGGGGAUGCUGCAGCCGUGGAGGCGACGAACCAAUCUCUCGCCUCGAAACUGUCCGAGGUCCCGUCCAACGUGCCUUCACGUGCGCCCUUGACGCCGCAGCCGGCACCCACUGCCCCGCCCCCUCCGCCAGAGUCCGAGGACGACGAGCCGUCGCUCGAGAUCCCCGACGGCAAGACCUGCAGGCGCAAGGGCUGCCAUGCUACCUACAAGAAGGGACAGGCCCGGUCUGACGACGAGCAGUGCGUACACCACCCCGGCGCCCCCAUCUUCCACGAGGGGAGCAAAGGGUACAGCUGCUGCAAGCGGCGCGUCUUGGAGUUUGACGAGUUCAUGCGGAUCGAAGGCUGCAAGACAUCGCCAAGACAUCUAUUCAUCGGCUCCGGUGAGGAUAAGAAGAAGAGUCCUAGCGCAGAGGAGACGCUGGACACUGUGCGGCACGACUACUACCAGACGCCCAGCACGGUCAUCGCGUCAUUCUUCCUCAAGAAGAUCGACAGCCCCAAGUCAACGGUCAAGUUUCAGGCCCAGACAAUGCUCCUCGAUCUAGUGACGAGCGACGCGACCCCCAAGAGGUACAAGGCCGACGUGCCGCUCUACGGUAAAAUCGAUCCCGAAAAGAGCACGUUCAAGAUCUUUGGCACUAAGUUAGAGGUCAACCUGUCCAAGGCCGAUGGCACGGGCUGGCCAGUCCUGCGCAGCGAUGAUCGGCUGACCGGCGAGAUACUCCAAGUAGGCCGUGCAGGGAAGGUGUAA